CCCUCUGGGGCUACUGUAAGCUCGGCUCUAGUGAUCCCUCACUUCUGCUGCCUGGCUCAGCUAAUCUCUCAUCGUCCAGUGUGCCUCGAACCCGGGAACCUGUAGGACCCAGCAGCCCCCUCCUCUUCACCUGUUCUCUCUGGGGUCGCUCCAUCCGCCGCUGAGACCGACCCACACCCUCCUCACAAGCCGUAACCAUGCUCUGGUCUGCGGGCUGCAGCGUGCUCGUUCUGUCCGCCGUCUUCUCCGGGGUCUCCGGGGCCGACAUGGUGUUCCGUUGCCCGGGCUGCACGGCCGAGCGCCAGGCGCUGUGUCCCCGGCUCACGGAGAGCUGCGCGGAGAUCGUCCGGGAGCCGGGCUGCGGCUGCUGCCCCGUGUGCGCGCGUCAGGAGGGCCACACGUGCGGGGUGUACACGCCGAGGUGUGCCACUGGACUGCGGUGCUACCCCACGCCCGGGGCCGAGCUGCCGCUGGAGCAACUGGUGCAAGGCAUGGGCCAGUGCCGGCGCCGAGUGGAGCAGGAGGUGACCACGCUCAGCAGCGAGCCCCAGCAGCAGCAGCACACCAGCGGUGAUGUGGUGGAGGUACUUCCAGAGCAGGGGGUCAGCGAGGGGCCCGUCCUGCCGCAGAAGCCCAGCAAACAGGCCCCGUGGCUGGGACCCAAAGAGACGGCGGUCCGGCAGCACAGGCAGGAGCUCAAGACCAAGAUGAAGACCAACAAAGUGGAGGAGGUGAAGCCAGCUCGCCCUAAACAGACGCAGUGCCAGCAGGAGUUGGACCAGGUUCUGGAGAGGAUUUCUAAGAUGCCCUUCCGAGAUAACCGAGGUCCACUGGAGGAUCUGUACGCCCUGCACAUCCCCAACUGUGACAGGAGGGGGCACUAUAACCUCAAACAGUGUAAGAUGUCCCUCCACGGGCAGAGGGGGGAGUGCUGGUGCGUGAACCCCCACACGGGACGCCCCAUCCCGGCCGCGCCCACCGUCAGAGGGGACCCCAACUGCGCCCAGUACCUCACCGAGCAAGACCUAGAACUGCCCGACCUGGACCAGAUAUGAAGCGCAAACUAUAACCAAAAGAAGAAGUCAUACCAAAACAUCUGAGUAAGCUAUUUACAACGUCAUCAUCGUCUUCACGACUGUACCAGCACUAAACAUAGAGAAUAGUUUUAGAUUUGUAAAAUGUUGAACUAAAAUGAUGCUACUUUUAAGGGACUGUACCUGAUUUUUUUUUUCUUGUAAUUAAAAAAUACAGUACAGAUAUAUUGUAAAAGCAGCCUGUAUCAAGUACAAAGCAUUUUUAUCCUCUGCGAACCAGGAAAUAAGGCUGGUGCGCUGUUAGCAUGCUAGUUGUUAUCAAUAUUCUCAACUCAAACCAGUAGUAGUGAUGGUAAAAGUGCCUCUGAAAGUUGUGAAAAGCGCUGAUAAACUCAAUGCGGUGAAUAAUUAGGAUACUCUGAAGACAUAAGGUAAGUGAGGAAAAACUCUGGACCACUGCAAACUGAUUAAAAAGAACUAAUUCUGUUUUACAAGACAAAAAAAUCAGGUAGAGUGCCUUGAAGAACAUUUACAGACUGUAUGUAUCUAACAGAAGACUUGUAAGGUUGUAGAGUAGACUUGACUACAUGUGAAUUUAACACAUUGCAAAAUACUAAAAAUGCUGCACUUGACUUGAAAUAACACAAUUAAAACCAU